AAUAAAUUUUAUUUAAAAUUUUUUUCCCUGUUUUAACUAUCUAAUCAGAAAACCAGUCCGUCAGACGGCGCUCUAAACCCUCUUCACGACCACCGACAGUCAACGACUCAGCUACAUAGCCACUCCAUUCCGGCUGUCCCCACCUCUUCGUUGUUUGAAUUCAGCCUUCAAGUGACUCGUGUGUUCGUCUUAGAUAGGUAUUGACCUUCUUUUAGUUUGAGUACUUGAUUACCAUCAAUUUCCUCAUCCAGGUUAUCUUUGGGAAAUAAGCCUCAUUAUAUGAUGAAAAGGUAUUGUUUGUUGUUUUUUCUGUUAACUUAAUAAUAUAAUACUCUAUGAUAGAACAAUGUGGCAGGUGUAUACAUUAGUCACUAGGGCUCAAGGCUAGUAGAAGUUGUCAGUCAAGUCUGUCAUAGCUAAUGCUUCCAAAAAAUCCCCAAGUUGAUGUCCUUGUUUGUGAUAACCAGGAGUUGAACAUAGUACAUUUCUUUCUACUAGUGCUUGAAAGUGGGUUGCCCUUCCUUAAGCAACAUAUUUGUUUUCUGGAAUCUGCUUUAAAAUGGGCUUACCUGCAUUCAAUUGGUUCUGUUCUGAAUGCUGACUUCUAUCACGGGCAUUACCUUGUAUAACAAGUAGUAGCAUUGAUUUUGAACAAUAGGUUCAUCAUUCUAGUUCUUAAACUUUUUAGUUUUGGCUGCUUGUUCAUGAUCUCGUGAGUUCUACUUAUUGGAGUUUAGGGCUCUUCCACACUGUGUUCUAAACAAUGAUUGCUUCUGCUGAUACAACGUCCUCCUAUGAUGAGAAUAUUAAAAAGGUUGAUCCUGAUUGGAAAGUUGUUUUACCUCGUCGAAAACGUAAAAAUUGUCAACCUAAAGGUUCUCGCCUUGAGCAAGAGUCAAAACAGCAGCCAUGGACCCCACCUGAUAUUGAAAUCGAUCAAGAGAGAGAGUCAAAACUGAUGCAAAAAAUAGACACUAGCAUAAAGAAACUGGAGAACUCCAAAUUUUAUGACCUUUUCUUAAAUCAGAUUCAAAACCCUGAAGUUUUCGGAUGUUUUUCUGGGGUUUUAGGGUCUGAGCCAAAUAUGAAUAUGGUAGUGUAUGGAAUCGGAAGCGUGGAAUCUUAUGAAGACCCAAGACUGCAGCUCAGCCUAGCAAUCUUGAUGAGAAAAAAGUUUGGAUGGAUAGGAAAUAUCGAGGUAUUUGACCCUAUUCUUUCCGGUACAGAAACCCGCGUUUUGAAUUCUCUUGGGUGUUCUGUCAUAACAGUUAAUGAGGAAGGUAGACGACGGGUGUCAAAACCUACACUAUUCUUCAUGCCUCAUUGUGAAGCAGUGUUGUAUCACAAUCUACUGCAGGCGAAUUGGGAUGUAAAAACAGUGAGAAACUUGGUCUUGUUUGGAAAUAGCUUCGAGGCGUAUGAGCAUCAUGCUUCGGUUGUGAAGGAUUAUGUUGCUUUACCUUACACGAAACGGAUAUUGGUUGCUCGAAGCUUCGCAAAGGAAUUUAGGGUCAAAGCAGAUGCAGAUGAUCAAAGUAGAGCCUUUCAUGAAUCAAGUUGGCAUUUUUUCUGGCCUGAACAUGAUCAAGAAUUGGCCAUUGUUUAAUUCAUUGCUGAACUUUGGAUUUUUAAGUUCAAGUCAGUUAAUUUAACAGAAUCAGUUUUUGUGAUUGCUGUAAUACUAUUUUAAAUCUUUAGUAAAAUUUCUAAUCUGUGUCGCAAUACUGAUGUCAGUUCUUGAUGGAGCUUAAAGAUUUUGUAGUUAUUUGGUUUCACAUAUUUUUGUGGGAGACGUCUUUUUGAAAGACUAUUUCUAAUUGGGUCAACCAAUCAUACAUUCUAUAAAAUAUUAUAAGUAGGCAUUAAAAAUGAUGUAAAAAGACAUUUAAGAUAUGAAAGUAGGUAUUAAUGAUAUGGAAAAUAAGGAUUAAGGAUAAUAUAGGUAGAUAUUAAGAAUACGAUAAGUAAGUAUUAAUCUUUAAUAGGUUGACCUUGAGAUACGUCUCUCAAAGAGACGGUCUCUCAAGAGACUAGCUGAUUUUGUUUUAUAUUAUAAUGGAUUAUUAUUGUAAAAUAACUCGUUGAAUCUUGUGUUUUUUUUGUUUUAUUAAAGUGAAGUUGCAUAUAAUGUUUACUAGUUUACUAUG